AUUACGAUGCCCACCUUCGGGAAAAUUAUAUGCAAACUUCUGAAAAGGACCAAUUACUAUUGGAUGGUAAAUAUGCAAAUCAGGAUAUUCGGAUAAAUCAAUCCCACAGAGGCGGCAUCAUGGCGGACGUACUCGAUCUUCACGAGGGAGGAGAGGAGUUUGAAGUUGACGAAGAAGGAGACCAGGGAAUCCAGAAGCUGAAGGAAAAGGCACGGAAAAGAAAGGGCAGAGGAUUUGAUGGAGAUGCGCCACGAGGCAGAGAAUCAGAGGAACAUUACGAGUCUGUGGAGGCUGACAGUGACCAGCCAGGGCCUCAGAGAUCUGUGGAGGGCUGGAUCCUGUUUGUGACUGGUGUGCAUGAGGAGGCGCAGGAGGACGACAUCUACGACAAGUUUGCAGAGUUUGGGGAGAUCAAAAACCUGCAUUUGAACCUGGACAGACGAACAGGCUUCCUCAAGGGCUAUGCUCUGGUGGAGUAUGAGACGUUUAAGGAGGCCCAGGCCGCCAUGGACGCUCUGAACGGCACAGAAAUCCUGGAGAACACAAUACAUGUAGACUGGUGCUUCGUCAGGGGGCCACCAGGGGGCAGAUCACGCAGGAGUGGUGGACGUCGUAGGAGAAGCCAGAGUCCCCGCCGGCGCUGAAAGUGACGACAGCUGGCUGCUUCUCUUAGCGUUAUGGGUUUGGAAGAGUAAGACAUUGCCAUGUACAUUGUAUAUGAGGAGGGUCUAAGUAUCAGUAGACAGUACUUUACAACAGUGUAGCCUGUAUUGGCUCAUUGUAAGUGUCCAGAGGUACUGUUGUUGUAUGGUGGUCAAAUGUUAGUCGCCAGUGAUCGUGUAUAGUUUUCUUGAACCUAUGUGAAUCCUGAUAAGUUUGAAGUCUGUAUUUAGCGAAGACUUAUACUGUAUUUCCUUUCAUUUCUAUAGGUGUUAGCACUUUUUCUAUACUGUUCAGAGAAGCCUUUUCUUCUGAAGCAUUACUUUAGAGUACAAAGAGCGAACAAUUUUUUACCAGGCAACUUUGUUGUUUUACUUUUAGCCAUGUGCUUUCUUCUUUUCUUCUCUAGUUUAAAACAACCACUAUGUAAUCCAUUCCAAACACUUUUUAAGUGUCUUUUGAGAACAAAUAAAAAAGGAUCCCUCAAUGCACCACCACUGGUAAUUUUGACUGUUAAAGAUUGUCAUUGUUGUACGCAAUUCUAUUUAAACAGCUUUUGGGGUUUAAGUAUACUUGUAUAGAACAUGUUCAUUUUGUUCAGUUGUUUUUUCACUUCCACUAGGAGUUCUGGAAAGGUAGUUAUGCUAGCUAUAAUCAUUGAAAAAGUGGUAAUGCUAUGAUACAAAGGAAAGCAUGUAUUUUUCAAUUGACAUGAAACACCACACAAUGCAUUCAGUAACAUGUUGAACUCUGAGAUAUAGAUGUUAUUAUAGUUCUGAAACUCCUGUCUUUCCAACUUUGAUUUGACCCGUGUUGUAUCGUAUUUGCUGACAAGGAAAUGAUGUUAAAACAGGACAAAUUGGAUUAAACUGGGAUUAAACUGGACAUUUUCAUUGAA